AGGACCCAGAGGUCCGAGGUUAACUGGGACCACGCCGGGAGGAAGUAGGAGAGAUGGUUGGAGAAGGGAGGAGAAGGAUCCUGGCCUGUACUUGGUACGCUGUCCUCGGGCGCACCUUCAAAAGUUAGAUUUUGGUCCCGCUGGUGGUUUCGAGGGACCUUGAUUUUGGCCCUUUGGGGUCCUGACUGGUGUCUACACCCACCUCGACCGUGCCGCCUGUCAAAGUCCUGCCUGUUUCUAGGCACAAAAUAUGGACGGGGAGGUUGGGGGCGGAAGGGUCUGCAUUGGGUCACUGGUGUGUGCAUGCCUAGCGAACGUAUUAUGACCCUAUUGUCUUUCAGGCUUUGCAGCCUAGGGUCAGUCUUCUCCGAGAAGAGGCCUUUACCAUCGAACGGCAAGUCCUGGAUGGUGUACUGCAACUCGGGUGGGAGGUUGGAAACGUGAAGCCAUGAGAUACGCCUCAUGGCAACACCUGAGGCCAGAGUCCUGGCUGCUGAGUCGGCUGCAUCGAGCGAGGCUUGGAGGGAAGUUCUGGCCACCUUUUUUCCUUCCUCCAAGAAGGCCGCGAACUCCUGGCGGGAAUCCUGAGGGAGUAGUUCCGUAAAUCUCCCCACCUCCACCCAUGUUUUGUAAUUAUAGCGGCUGAGGAGGGCUUGUUGAUUCGCCACCCAGAGCUGUAAGGCGCCCGCUGAAUACACCUUACGGCCGAGCAGGUCCAUUCGCCUAGCCUCCUUCGAUUUUGGGGCUGCCGCCUGCUGGCCAUGGCGUUCCCUCUCAUUAACUGAUUGAACGACCAGUGAGCAGGGAGGAGGAUGGACAUAUAAAUACUCGUACCCCUUAGAGGGCACCAUAUAUUUACGCUCGACUCCCCUGGCCGUAGGUGGGAUGGAGGCCGGCGAUUGCCAUAUAUUGUCUGCAUUGGCUUGGAUGGUACGAAUGAACGGUAGGGCCACUCUGGUGGGAGCAUCCGCCGACAGAAUGCUCACCACCGGGUCCUCCACCUCUGGGACCUCCUCUCCCUGGAGGUUCAUGUUGAGUGCUACCCUCCUGAGGAGGUCCUGGUGGGCCCUCAGGUCGAUUGGAGGCGGGCCCGAGGAAGAUGUCCCUGCCACCGCCUCAUCUGGAGAAGAGGAAGAGGAGACACCUGGGACGAGAGGGUCCUGCGUGGCCUCUUGCUCCUGAGCAACCUCCUGCUCCAGUGGGACUGGGGAGUCCGGUGGGUGGACUGGAGCUUCCUCUGUACCAGCGGGAGGCGGAUGGCUGAUUGUCACCUCUGGCACCUGGUGCUCUGAUGGUGCUGAGCGGGACGGAACUACUGGUGCCCCUUGGGCCUGGUGGUGUGGGCCUAGGUCCUGGGCCUGUCCCUCUUGGAAGACCCCGGUGGGCACAUCAGACUCACGGUCCUGUGCAUAAUAGCUGUCCGCGCGGGACGACUCUGAAGCAUGCCUGGAAGGCCAUGGAGGAGCGGAGAGGCUCUGAGCAGAGUCCAUGUCUCUAGCAGGCCUAGCUCUACUUGGCACCAGAUACCGGUACUGGGAGGCAUACCGGUACCGGGAACGAGAUCGGGACCUGCGACUGGAACGGUGCCGGGAGGUCGACCGCGAUCUCGAGGCUCGGCAUCGGGAGCGGCUACGGGAGUCACGGUGCCUGGAGCGGUGCCGAGAAUAUCGGGCCGGUGACCGGGAUGCUGACUGGAGCAGCGAGUGCGACUGGUACCGCAGAGGAGAACGGUGCCGGGACUGCGAGCGGCGACGGGCGCGGAAGCGCCGUCGGGACCUGGAACGUCUGCGGGACCAUGAUCUAGAACGGUGCCGGUCUGCUGUGCCAACAGAGGGUGGCCGAAUCAAGGCCGGCUUGCCUAUAGACUGUAUCGCCCGCACCAGCGGUGCCGGGGGCGGAGGCAGUAUCGACUCUGUCAUCAAAAUCAGAUCCCUCGCCGUUGAGAACGUCUCCGGCAUGGACGGGAUAUUAAGCUCUACCACGGGUCUAGCCGGGGAGCUGACAGGCACCAGACUCGAUGGCCCUUGUGGGACCGGAAUUGACGGUGCAGACGUCGUCGGUGCCGUGGCGGGUGUCGGCGCCGGGCGGUCCGACUUGGAUGAGCUCUCUGGCUGCGGUGCAGGUGGCACGGAAGCAGCAGGAGUCUUAGAUUUUCUCGACCUCGGGGAGAGGGAGCGGCGUCGAGCCGGCCUCGGUGCCAGCGACGGGUGGUGCUGAGGAGCCUUGGCCGUACCGCUGCGGUCCGGUGCCAAGGAGGUGCUUCUGUUCGAAGAGUGACCAGUGCUCGGUGCUGAAGGCUGAGGCGUGAGAGCCGCCUCCAUGAGGAGCUGCUUUAGCCUAAUGUCCCGCUCCUUUUUUGUUCUUGGCUUAAAAGCCUUGCAAAUGUGGCACUUAGCUGUCAGGUGCGACUCCCCGAGGCACUUCAGACAGGAGUCGUGUGGGUCUCCUGUCAGCAUCGACCUGCGGCAGGCCAAGCACGGUUUUGAAACCUGGUGAACCGGGCAUGGGCCCCGGCACCGGGUGCGGGGAAGGGGCUAUUCCCCAAACCCCUCUUAACUAAUAUUAUACUAAAUAUACUAUAAAGUAAUAAACUAAAGUGAAUUAUAUAAAAAGUUUUUAACUAU